AUGAGUGGAUUGAAUAUAGAUAAAUAUAUACCAGAGGUUUUAAAACCUUAUUAUUCUGUUGCACAUGAUCAAUUAGAUAGAAUCGUUUCACCUUAUAAUCUACCGGUAUCAACUGAUCUGCUUUUGCUUUCGAUUUUAGCUUUGGUUGUUAUAUUGAUAUUUUCAUUGGUUUUCGGUGGUGGCGGUAGUUCAAAGUCGAGUAGAGGUGGUAGAGCAACGGUCGGUCAAUCGAGUGCAUCGACAUCGACAUCGACAUCAUCGUCAUCCUCAAAGAAGAGAGGCAAUCAACUCACCAUCCUCGGUCUACCAGACUCUGGAAAGACCACUCUAUUCUUGAAAUUGGUCGAUAAAGAUGUCACUACCUAUGCUUCUAUCCUACCAAACAAAGGUCAUUUCAAUAAUGGUCGUAAAAAGUUAGCGAUUGUAGAUGUACCGGGACAUGCCAAGAUGAGACCAACUCUACCACAAUAUCUAGGUAGUUCACUAUGUAUUAUUUAUAUGAUUGACAGUUCAACUUUUAUUGAUCAAUCAGCCGAAGAAGCACAGAAUCUAUAUGAUAUUUUAGUUGAUAGCAAUGUUUUUGAAAGAAAGUUACCAAUUUUAGUGUUCUGUAAUAAAUCGGAUUUGAAUGGUUUGGGAGAGGCAGAGAUUCAAUCGACAUUAGAGAGCGAAUUGGAUGACAUCAGAAAGACAAGAGGAUCGGCACCAUCGAUGAUGGGUAAUGAAGAUGGCAGUGACCAACGUGAAAUCUACCUUGGUAAUGAGGGUGAAACAUUCCAAUUCGAUCAUCUUCCCAACGAUAUCACUUUCACAAAGGGUUCAAUUAAAUCUGAAUCUAAUGAAGUUCCAGAAUCGAUCAUUUCAUUUAUUAACAGUUGUCAAUAUACAUUAGAGGAUUUCGAUUAUGAAUCGAAUCACGAUUAUUAUAAUUAUAAUGAUAAUUAUGAUCAUAAAGAAGUACUAGUUGUCGUUAACAAUAACAAUAACAGUAGCAAUAGUAAUAAUAAUAAUAAUAAUAAUAAUAAUAAUAAUAAUAAUAAUAAUAAUAUAGAUAGUAAUAGUAAUCAAUCUAUAGAUAAUAUUGAUAAAAACAUAACCGAUGUAAAUACAUCACUAACAUCUACAUCAUUAACAUCUACGCCAACAUCAAUAUCGACAUCGACAACACCUUAUUCUUCAUCACCAAACUACAUUAAUAGCAGUAACAACAAUAAUGAUAAUUAUAAGAAUCAAAAGAAAUCAAACUAUAAAAAGAAUAAGAAAUCAAAGAAGUCAAAUUAUAGUAAUAAUAAUAAUAAUAAUAAUACUCAAAGUAAUAAUAAUAGUGAUAACAAGAGUAUUACCAGUGCAUAUAAUAAUGUAAACAAUAACAAUGAUAAUAAUAAUAAUAGCAAUGACAAUAACAAUAGUAAUAGUAAUAUAGAAUCGUCGAAGAAUAUCGAAACUUUAAGUGGUGACGAUAUUAAUACAAGCAAUAAUAAUAAUAAUAAUCAAGAAUGUAAUAAUAGUAAUAAUAGUAAUAAUAGUAAAAGCAAUGAUGAAAGUAAUAAGAAACAACCUAUUUUGAAUCGAGAGUUAUCAAAGUUACUUUCAUCGAGUUGUACAAAUUUAAAUGAAUUGACUACAGUAUCUACCGACAAUGAUCGUUGUCAAACAGAACAGCAACAACAACAACACCCAACAUUAAAUGGUAACAAGAUACAUUUCAUUUCACCCUAUGAGGAAUAUACAUCAACUGCCUCAUCUCCAAUACCUGCUGGAUAUGAUCAACAUCAAUCAUCAUCUGCUAAACCAACGACAACAACAAACAAUAACAACAAUACUAUGACUAUUAAUAAACAAAAUAGUAAUAGUAAUAGUAAUCGAUAUGAUAAUGUAACAUCAACAUAUAGUUAUAAUAAUCCAAUAUCAAGUCAAGAUAUCAAUAGUAACAAUAAAAUCAAUAAUAGUAAUAGUAAUACAAGUAAUAAAAACAAUAAUAAUAAUAAUAAUCAACUUACUAGUAUUACUAAUAAUCAUAAUAAUUUAAAGAAUAAUAUUAAAUUAAAUGUUACAAAUGAUUUUAUGAAUAACAAUCAAUUUGGAUUGGGUAUUGGAUGGAAUGAGAUGUUUCAGACGUUGUUGUUGCUGGCCGAGCACGAUGAAGAAUCAAAGUUCUUCAAGUACAAACAUAUAUCGUCGUUGAGUAAGGAUUUCUUGCAUGCCGCCACCACCUAUGGAAAGAUCAUCAUCGAGGAAGCCUACAUCGAUCCCGUCUACAAAACGAUAAAGUCGGUGCCGAGUCUCGGUGGUCAAGCAGGUGGUGAAAAGUACAUCUACAACGGUAUACUCUUUAAGUUUGCAUCGGAUUGGAUCAAUAUCUAUGGCAACGACGAAUACUCGAUGAAAGCCGGUGGUCACGAGCUGAAAGCCUGCAUGCGGUACUAUGGUUGUGACGGCAUACACGUGCCGCUAAUGGCGUUGCUCGACUACCGUGGAUUCCGACUGGUAGCGAUGUCGAUCUUGCCGAUCGUCCCAAAGAAAACUAUAGUCUAUGGUAGCGCGGACGGCGAGAUUGUUGCACGUGUCUUUAAGAAUAUCAUGCGUGCCGAACUUCGUGAGAAGAUGAAGGAAUUGAAAUCGAUUGAAGCAGAUUCCUACAUCCAAGUAGUAAUGGAUUUCUUCAACAUUGUACUUGGUGAUCCUAUUCAGAAACAUGAAAGACUUUGGUUUCAUCUAUUGAAGCCAGAGAUAUUACAUAGAUUUGAUAAUUCUCUAUUUCCACAUGAAUCAGGAUUUGAUUUAAGAACUCAAAUUGAUCUUUACAGUGUAUUUACUAGAAUUCAAAACAUGACAGGUAUUAAAUUGGCAGAUGAAUCAAUGGUUGAAUUCAAAAAGGAUACUAAAUCAUUUAGAAUUGUUCUGUCUGAUAUCACUUCAAUGGAUGUCAAAGUCAAACAUAUGAAUAUUAUUAGUUUGGCAGAGGGUAAUGCUUUAUCUUUACAAUGUAUGAAAUGGGAAGGUAAAGCAGGUAGUGAAAGACUUUUCAAGUUGGCAACAAACAAAUUCGAAGAAGCAAUCAGAUCAACUCCAGAUAAUAAGGAUAUUCUAAAUGACUAUGCCAAUGUCUUGAAAAAGUUGGCGUUGAGCGUUGGAAAAGAAGAUUGUUUAAACUAUUUGGAGCGAUCGUAUUCAAAUUUUUUGUUGGCCAAUAACUAUCUGUCAUUGUUGCAGUUGGGUGACUUGCUUCAUACACUCUACUUGAACCAAGAUGGCAAGUUGCUCACUUCGAAAGAUGCCAUUUCAAUCUUGGCUGAGAAAUGCUAUCUUUCUGUGUCGUGUUGGGGAUCGAACACCAAGAACACACUGUUGAAGACGUCGGUGGAGAUUAUCAGUCGUCGCUCCACUGCGCUCCCACAGGUUGGCGACGAUAUCAAAGUGUUUGCGUUGUUCCGACUCGCCAAUCUGCUAACGACGAAAGCUACCUACAACAAUGAUAUGGAGCUGUUUCUACGUGCCGGUAACAAGAUUGACGAUUCUGAUAUUGAGUUUGUAUGUUCUAUCGCCAAGCAUAUUCAGAGUGUAAAUAUCUCGGAAACAUCUGCAACCUCUAUUGGUAUUGUUAUGCUGAUUGAACAAUCACGUGCACUAACACGACUCGUUGCCAAUCGUUGCAAGGUAUCCGAUCGUCACUUUGGUGUUUUCAAUUCACCCGAUCGCAAAGAGUACAAUCUCCAAUGUAUCUCACUGAGUGACACUGAGAUAAAGUCAAUUGGACACCUCUCAAUGGUACUACCCAAGUUGCGACAUGUCAAUCUCGCAAACUGUCCACUGAUUCAUCAACAAGAUAUUCAGCUACUUCCAUAUCAAUCUCGACUGAUUGAAAGACUGAAUAUAUCUAAUUGUCCGAAUCUUCAAGAGGAUGCUAUCAAACAGUUGGUCAAGUCGAUGCCACUUCUCAAGGAACUAUCCUGUUCACAGUGUCGCUUCGUCACCGUUCCACCUGUGGAUCCAGCGAUUAUUACACACCUCGACCUGUCCUAUUGCAAGUUGAAACAAAUCAAGAAUGUUAUCCAUCAGUUCGUCAUGUUGGAAUCACUCGAUUUGUCAAACACCGGAGUCUCUGUUGACGUCAUCCUCGAUGUUCUCUCGCAUUGUCCACGACUGACACGUCUACUCUUCAAUAGCAAUCAAAACGAACAGCCGUUGAAGCGAUCAAACUCUGCACCUUCACCUCUCCCAGUGACUCCUUUGACACCUGCCAAACAGCUGCAUACCAAAGGAUUGCCCACCACUCUUUUACUGAACCAUCUCGAGAUGCAAGCGAUCAACAUUCAUCUCGACAAUCUCAAUGAUAUCCUUUCGCGUUCACCCUCGCUCACCAACUUGAAUCUCGCGCAGAUCGAAGUGAACAACACAAUUUUCCAAACGAUCGGAACUCAUUGCAAACAACUCUCGAUUGCAAAUUUCAACUAUUGCAAAGCGGUUAACGAUGUCUCCAUUGAAACAAUGGUAUCGCAAUGUCAUGGAAUCACGAAAUUGCUACUGUCUUGUUGCCAUCUUCUCACGGACAAUGCAAUCAGUGCCAUCAGUAACAAUCUACCUAACCUCACAGUGCUCGACUUGAAAAAGUGUCCUUUGAUUUCAGAACUAUCGAGUCUACAAGUUCGUUGUCCAUUCUUGAGAGACAUCGAUCUGUCAAUGUCUGAGAAUAUCAGUGAUUCAUCCGUCAGCAAAUUGAUGACACUUUGCAAUUUGAAACGUUUGAACCUCUACGGUUGCAAGCGUGUCACCGAUGAAUCGAUUCGUAAUCUCAACGAGAACUCACAUUCCUCCAUUAGAAACCUGGUGCUUGGACUCAACAAAACAUCGUCAAGUGCCAUCGAAUCGUUGCGUUCCAAUCACCAAGAGAUCAACAUCUCUGCGACAAACAGCGGUGGCGCCAGCAGUUCUUCCUCGGGUGGCACUCCUCUAAUGCAAACCAUUAGCCAAGCCACCAAGAGAUGUUUAAUGGCAGAUCUCAAAGCCAUUAAAACACACCCACUCCCAUUGGUUUCCGCCGAGCCUGUCGAUGCUUCCGACCUACUGACUUGGCACGCCAAUAUAAUGGCACCGGUUGGUUCACUCUUUGAGGGUGCCAUCUUCCAUUUGGAGUUGAAAUUCCCACCUACCUAUCCUGCCAAUCCACCAUCGGGUGUACUACUCACUCCGUUCCCACAUCCACACGUACACGACGGUGGUAGAAUCUGUCUUGAUAUCCUCAGUGAUUUCCAAUCGUAUUUCGCUGGACAUCCACAGGAAACCACCACCACAACAGGUUGGUCAUCUGCGUACAGUGUACAAACGAUCCUUCUCCAAAUCCAAACAUUCUUGAUAACGUUUGACGACGAAGAUUCGGCAAUGCCAAUCGAAGGCUAUCUCGUAAAGAUCCCAGAUGCCAUCGCCAACUCAAAGACAUUCAGAUGCAAUCAAUGUCAACACACCCCUGAAAUUCCAUGGCCAGCACUGCCAGAUGACAGCAUCACAACUACUUCCAACAACGCUUCAUCUUUAUCUUCAUCGUCAUCGCCAUCAUCAUCUUCAAACAAUCCAUUAACUUUAUCACUCUCCUCUUCAAAUAACAAUAACAAUAAUAACAAUAGUAGUCUUACAGAGAGUGGUGGAUUAACCUCUAACGCUAAUAAUCAAUUAGCAAUUUCUUCUUCUUCUUCAUACAGUCAAACUAGCUCUAUUGGUAACAGCGGUAUUAUCAAGAGUCCAAGUCUUAACAAAUAUUCAUUCAGCUCUGAUAAUAACAAUACUACGUUGACUGACGAAGAAGAUUACAUUAGAUCGAUCGAACCGGAAUUGGUUUGCUAUCACACCAGAGUAUCUUAUCAAGAAGACAUUCUGGGUAUUGGUAUUACCAUCGUAAGCAAAAAAGAGAAAUCAACAAAAAUUGAUGAAAUUAGAACAUCUCUUGAUUUGCUAUCGAGAGAAGCAUUCAAUCAAGGUGUAAGAAGUUCAAUCUUGAAAGAAUCAUUCACUCAUUGGUUACCUUUAUAUAUAAAUCAUCAACAUGGUGAAAGAGCAUGGAGUGCAUUAGAAAUGUCAUUAACAACAAUGUUUAAUGUAAAACAAUUCAAACCGGAAUUAGCCAAGAAGUUCCUUUGUAUUGCAAUGAAUACAAUGUGUGUAUUGAUUAUGAAUGAAACACUACAUGCAUCCAUUAAACUAUUGGAAGGAUAUUGUUUAUUCCAUCAAUUAUUCGUUGCGUUUGUAAAGAGAUAUCCUUCACUCUUGAAUGAUAUUAACAAAGAGAUCUAUAAUUUCAUUCAUAUACCUUCGAAAAGACAUAAAAAAGAAACACCAGCUUUGGGUGAAUUCUUACCUUUGUUGACAGUAUCGGAUUAUAAGUGGUCGGAAGUUGCCAAUGCUUAUUUGGAGGAAAACUUUGACAGAAAUGUGAUGUGGAUCAUUAAGAAGCAUCCUUCCUAUGGUAAUACACAGCCAGAUAACACAGUUGAUGCACGUCGUCCUCAGAUGGCUAUGGAUGCCUCGAACGUCUCCAUUAGACUACUGCUAUUCCACGUCUAUUUCCUCCAACAUCUGGCACGGCCUGAAGGCUCGACACUCGAUACCGUCAACGACCAAUACAACAGAUUCUACGGUAAACCACCUCCUUUCAUUAGGGACAAUCUUCAAAAAGCCGUCAAAGAAAUAAUGAGAGUAACAACAUGGGAUGAAUUCUUUGCCAAGAUUGGAUUAACUCUUCCACCUGAAUCUGAUUUUAUUGAAUGGUUGAGAAGAUCGGUUGGUAAUUCUCUGGCGAAGAACUAUCAUCGUAGAACCGAGAGUGGUGCCAAUGAGUUUGUAAAGCAUCCACAGAUGAAGAGAUCACCUUCCAACCUGAGAAAUCAUAAUUCGCCACCUAAUAACUACAGGGUGUCACAAGACGAAGAUUACUAUAAUUUCAAUAUCUUUUCACCACCCGAUUCCAAUAGCUAUAGUCAAUCUUCACUAUCGUCAUCGUCCAACCUAAGAAACAACAACAACAACAACUCUUCACAUCUGAAUCCAUCGAUGUUGUUAUCACCACUGCCUUCAAGACCAAUAACACCACCACUUUUAUCACCAUCAUCAGCAGCGUUCCUCUUACCACCCAGACCCAAAUCACCGAAUCAUCAUCAUUCUGCAUCACCAUCUGCAUCACCGUCACCAUCACAAUCACCAUCUUCAACACCAAUACCCUAUAUCACUUACAACAACUACAAUAACAACAAUAAUAACUAUCCACAACAACAACAGCAACUACCACCUUUAUCUUAUAGAGAUAGUCUGGUCUAUGGUAAUUCAAUGUCAUUACCACCACAGUAUUACCGACCUGUUUAUAAUAACUACAACUCUAGCUACAAUGAUAAUUUCCACGAUAAUCUAAAUGAUAAUAGUUACAUUUAUCCAAACAACAGCAAUAACAACAACAAUUCAGCUUACACAGAUGAGGAACUCUAUUACAACUAUGAUUAUAAUUUAAAUCAAGGCAAUCCAUACCGAAAUCAAUCAACACCACCACUAAGAGGUUAUCCUCCUAUGAGAUCUAAAUCUUACAAUCCUAAUAAUAAUACCUAUAAAAACAUUAACAACAACAACAAUAAUAAUACUUAUAAAAACAAUAAUCAAAACAAAAAGAAUAACAAUAAUAAUCAAAGUAAGAACAACAACAAUAAUAAUCAAAAUAAUAACCAACAUAAACCUUGUAAGUUUUUUAUAAGUGGUUAUUGUGGCUAUGGAGCUAAAUGUAAGAUGUCCCAUAUUAUAGAGAAAUAA